AUGAACGACAUAGAAAAUGGAUAAAUUGAAGAUGAAGAAGUUCCUUUAAGUUCAAAUGAAAUGAAAUAAUUAAAAAGAAAAAAAGGAAAUCAAUAUUGCUUUUGGUUUAGAAAUGAUGAACCAUUAAUUACAAUAGGUCCUCAUUGUAAAUUAAUAUUUUUUAAUAGAAGGGCCUUUUCCUUUAUUUUUAAUAAUAGUUUUGAUUUUCGGAACUUAUUAUAUAGGAUUCAUAUUUUAUAAAAGUGAUAUGUUAUUUAGAAUAGUACAAAGUUGCUCUGGACUCUUUUUAAUAUUAAGUUUUUUAAUAACUGCUUUAAAAAACUAAGGAAUAAAUUAUAAAUCAUCAAACACUGUUUUUACAGAAAGUAUUAAAUAAUAAUAAAAUAGAUUGGUGUUCAAUUUGUUCUAUGAACAAAUCAAAAGGAACAAUACAUUGUAAAGAUUGUAAUAUAUGUAUAAGAGGAUACGAUCAUCAUUGUAUAUGGAUUGGAAAAUGUAUUGGAGAAGGAAAUUAAUUUGCAUUCAAUGUAUUUAUUUUGGCUUUUCUUGUUUUUUUUGUUAUUAAUUAUGUUCUGUUGUUAAUUUGA